GAAAUGUGUCUGUGAUUAACAGAGAAGUAACCUCGUUUUCUUCUUCCUGUGCGAGAGAAUUGCGAAAAUGGCAGCAGAAGAGGGUCAAGUUAUCAGUUGUCACACUAUCGAUUCGUGGAAGGAGCAACUCAAUAAGGGAAAUGAAUCCAAGAAGCUGGUAGUUGUUGAUUUCACUGCAUCAUGGUGUCCGCCAUGCCGCUUCAUUGCACCUUACCUGUCAGAGCUGGCCAAGAAAUUCACCGAUAUCAUAUUCCUCAAAGUUGAUGUCGAUGAGCUGCAGGCGGUUGCAGCUGAGUGGGAUGUGGAGGCUAUGCCGACUUUCCUGUUCUUGAAGGAGGGCAAGAUUGUGGAGAAAAUUGUGGGAGCAGAUAAAGAAAAUCUCCACCAGACAAUCAUAAAGCAUUCAGCAUCAGCACCUGCUCCUGCUCCUGCCCCUGCCAUACAGUGAUAAUCUACCUUGUGGCUUUUACAUGAAGCUAUGUAGACUUCAGAAUUGCAUGACUGUUGUCGGUAAUCCAGUAUUUUGUGUUUGGAUUUAUAUGUGAGUCCCUUGUCAUGUAUCAUUGUCACCAUAUGUGUAGCUGUUUAAUUUAAUAAUUAAGUCAUCUUUGCUUGACAAAGAUUGGAUUAUGGUCUGUAGCAUAUUGGGUAUGUUUCUGCUGUCAGUUUGAUGUUUUCAUACAAAACUGCUAUGCUGGUAUGAAUGAAUUUAAAAAUCUUUCUAGUUUAU